UUCAGUUUAAGACGUCCGGGGACGGCUCUGUACAGUAUUUUACACAUUUCUUUGUAAUAAAGUGGUCCAUAUUUUGGAUCACAGUUUUAAUCUGGGUUUCAUUAGAAACUUCAUAGAAACAAUGAGUAAAUUACUACCAUCUGCUGCCAAAUUUCUAAAUGCUUCCGCUAUCCCGAAAUCUGCCGCCCCGGUAGUUUCAACAUCAAGCUCGAAAUUCAGCACGAAAUCUGAGGCUACAUUCGAAAUUAAGCCCUACAAACUCCAUAAAUUGGAGCAGGGACCUGCAACAUCAGCAACUCUAUCUGCAGAAGAUGCACUCAAAAUGUAUGAGAAGCUCGCAACUCUGCGAAGAAUUGAAACAGCAUCGGGUAAUCUGUACAAGGAAAAGAUUAUCAGAGGCUUUUGUCACUUGUAUUCAGGCCAAGAAGCGGUAGCAGUUGGUAUGAGAGCUGCAAUGCGUGAUGUAGACAGUGUGAUAACGGCUUACCGCUGCCACGGAUGGACUCAUCUGAUGGGUGUCAGUAUACUCGGUGUAUUGUCCGAGCUAACUGGUCGCAGGACUGGCUGCUCGAGAGGAAAAGGUGGUUCUAUGCAUUUGUAUGGAAAGAAUUUCUACGGAGGAAACGGAAUUGUGGGAGCUCAGGCCCCGUUAGGUGCUGGUAUUGCUUUAGCCCAUAAGUACCGGGCUGAUGGAGGUGUUUGUUUCACAUUGUAUGGAGAUGGAGCGGCCAAUCAGGGCCAGUUGUUUGAAGCAUACAAUAUGGCCAAGUUAUGGGACCUGCCUUGUGUGUUUGUCUGUGAAAACAAUGGAUAUGGUAUGGGUACCAGUGUAGACAGAUCCUCCGCUAGUACCGAUUACUACUCCCGCGGGGACUACGUGCCUGGGAUCUGGGUGGAUGGUAUGGAUGUCCUCGCCACGAGGGAGGCCACGAAGUACGCGAUUGACUACUGUAAUAGCGGAAAAGGUCCGUUAGUAAUGGAGAUGGAGACAUAUAGGUAUUCCGGUCAUUCCAUGUCUGACCCUGGCACCUCCUACCGUACCCGAGACGAGGUGCAGGAGGUGCGCCAGACCAGGGACCCUAUCACCUCCUUCAAGGAGAAGAUCCUCAGCAGGGAGCUCGUCACACCUGAUCAGCUCAAGGAAAUCGACGCUCAAGUCCGUAAAGAAGUGGACGAAGCCACGAAGCAGGCUAAGUCUGAGCCGGAAGUCGGCGAGGAGGAGCUUUCAGGAGACAUUUACAGGAACAACCUGGAGGCCGUCAUCCGCGGCCUGCACCCCGCCGCGCCGCUGCAGCACCGCGAGGUCGCGCAAAGGAACUGAAUCUUGUACUAUCGGGGAAUUUGUCGGUGUUCUUAUAUGUCUUAAACGAAUUGUCACAUCUAUACUAAUACUAGCUCUUCCCCGCGACUUCAUCCACGCAAUAUUAACAUAAAAAAGUAGCCCGUCUAUGU